UCUGUGUUGGCCACAGCAUUUUCUCGGGCAGCAAUCGCCUGUCCAGGGCGAAACACCACUGCCUUCCAUCAGCCCACGACCCGGCGAAGAACAGAGAUCCAACACAAGCGAUGGCUACCAAGGAACGAAUCGAGUGGGGUGCCGACGAGGAAGAGGAAUACUCGACCGAGCCCGGAAGCAUCUACACCAAAAUCGAGGACGAUGGCACCAAAAUCGUAACAGAAUACAAGCUCAACGACGACGGCAAGAAGGUCAAGGUGACCCGAAAGAUCCGCAUGGUGCUCGUCAAGACCCAGGCCAACCAUGCCGUCGCCGAGCGAAAAAAGCUGCCCAAGUUUGGUCAGGUCCGCGGCUUCCCUGCCGGCCCUGAUAGCAACUCGACUUCCGUCGGCGAGCCGGUGACCCUCAAGCUGACCACCACCGGCAAGCUGGACGACAAGAAGGAGGAGGUCAGCCUCAAGGCCGGCCUCGCUGCUGCCAAGAUCAUGUGCCGUAUCUGCAAGGGCGACCACUGGACCACCAAGUGUCCCUUCAAGGACAGCAUUGGCGACCUUUCGCAGCUUGGCACUGGCGGUACCCAGGCUCCUGCUGCCGACACUGGUGCCGAGGAAUCCAAGGGUGCUUCAUCGUCGGGCAAAUACGUUCCUCCCAGCAAGCGACUCGGCUCCACUGCCGUUGCUGACCUCCCUGCAGGAACACGCGCAAGUCGUGGCAUGGACGACGGCACAUUCACCAUCCGCAUCACCAACCUGUCGGAGGAUGUCACCGAGCAGGAUGUCCGAGACCUCGUCAGCCGCUUUGGACCCACCCAUCGCAUUUUCGUUGCACGAGACAAGGAGACCAACAUUUGCAAAGGAUUUGCCUUCAUUUCGUACUAUGACAAGGACAAAGCGCAGAAGGCGAUGGAUCAGCUCAACGGCUACGGCUACGAUAACCUCAUUCUUCGCGUCGAAUGGGCCAAGUAAAUGGCCGCGCGUGACCGUUGUUUCCUGAGUCUUUACACCUCGAGUGCAAAUCUACUGUGUAUAUCGAA